UUUGGACUUUGGAUUUGGACGUCAAUGCAAAAAGCGGCAUUUGAAUUGCAAUGUUGUUUUUGUGCACAUGACAGAAGGUUCUUUGCUUUGAUAAUAGAAUAAUUUAUUCAAAUAAUUUUUUUUUGAUGUUACAGCUAGUUAUAAUCAUAUAUUUACUCGUUGUGAAAUAAUCGUCGUAAAACAAUCUGUAUUUCAAGUAUCGGUGACAUUGAGGCUAGCAUUCAUUAUUUUCUUUUUAUUUACCAAACCCAAAAAUGCAAGACAAUUUAUUGACUACUUUGUGGUUUAUUAUCAAGUACAUCGCGUACGAAAUAUAUUACUACAUACUUGGAGCUGGAGCAAUUGUGGAGGAUUUAAUUAACUACAAACAAAACCAUUUUUAUGUGACUCCGCAGUACGGAAAGGUGGCUGUAGUCACGGGAGGGGCAAGAGGUCUUGGUUUGGAAGUGGUCAAAAAAUUUCUCCAAAUGGACAUGAAGGUUAUAAUUGGGUGUCGCAAUGUAGAGGCUGGCAUAGGAGUGAUGCAAGAGGUGAGGAGAGACAUCAGUAGUGGAGAAUUUUCUGUUCUGAAGCUGGAUAUGAUGUCAUUCGAAUCCAUCAAGAAGUUCGCUGAUAAAGUUUUGGAAGAGUGUCCACAAAUUCAUAUCUUGAUCAACAACGCUGGCAUCAUGUUUCCGCCAUACACUGAAACGGCAGAGGGUUACGAGUCUCAGUGGGGUGUGAACUUCAUGGGACACUGCUACCUCACUCACCUCCUGCUGCCCCGUCUGAAGCGGACGGCCGAGAUCGGGCUUGAAUCUGUGCGCAUCGUAAAUGUCUCCUCCUGCGCACAUUUCGCCGCCGACACCAUCAAGUUCAAAGAGUUCAAUAGGAGGAGUUGGUACAUUCCAAGCGCUGCCUACGCCCAGUCUAAGCUGGCUCAGGUUGUGUUUACCAAAUUUCUCGACAAGCAGAUGAAAAAUGAGGAGAGUUUGGUGGAGGUGUUUGCGGUGCAUCCGGGUAUUGUGGACACAGACAUCUUCAACGGAACCCUGCUCAAAGUGCUGGUUCCCUGGCUCAUCAAACUGCUUUUCAAGACACCAGAGCAAGGAACGUUCCCGAUUUUGCAUGCAGCUCUGUCCAAAUCUUUGGUGAAAAAAGGUGGCUCAUACAUCAGCAACUGUCAAAUUGCUCGAGUCAACAAAGCAGCUGAAAAUAGCUCUCUUGAGAAAGCGUUGCACCAAUAUUGCAAGGAUAGUUUGGCUAUCACUAAGUUCGGCCAGGUUACUGCUUAAUAUGUUGAUUAACUAUUAAUGAUACUGUAAAAAUCAUCUUCAUGGUGAUUUUAAGAUACAUUUUUCACUGCCGGGUUUCGGUAAAAUAUAUUUUGGGGUUUACCCGUAUAAAUAUCACAGCCAAAUGAAUUGUUUCAAAGUUUUUUUGCAAAUAAAAUAAGAUAAAUCCAAAUUCAAAUGACAGUUGAUCUUCAUGGUGAUUUUGAAACGUUUUUCACUGCCGGGAUUGGGUAAAAUAAUUGUUAAUAUACAUAAAUAAAUAAUAAUAAAUAAAUAUAAAGAAAUUGUUAUGAAAUGAAAUGAAAAUACUCUUUAUUAGGCGGAGUUAGGACUAGAAAGUCCUUUCUACCCCUCAACCUUAGUCCUUUCUACCACUCAACCUUAUAAUAAAGGUUAUACUCAACCUUAUAAUAAUUGUUAUAAAUAUAAUAAGAAAUUAUAAAUAUUCAAGGUUUUUUAUAUCCCAUGACUAUUCUGUAGCACGGUUCACUUUAAACUGACAGCAUUGGUUGUAUUUGAAGAUUUGGAACUAACAGUUAGCUUAAACUGACAGUCUGAUGUGAGUCUCAAUAGAGGUUGAUUACAAUGUCAAAGUUUUACCAAGCUUUAAUAAAAACUAAAUUUAUUUUUGACGCUUCAAUAAAACAUCAAGUGUUCAUUGA